AAAAGCAUAGCAACUUUGUACUGGCAAAACUUUUAAACACAUACAUACUGGCUGGAAAUCUAAAAGUGGCGAACAAAUGACUACCUGUUUCGUUAUCAAUGGCACGCCAUAUAACGUUGACCUUGCCAGCUUGCCGGCCGACAUCACGCUGAACACCUUCAUACGCGAACAUGCGCAGCUUACGGCGACCAAAUACAUGUGCCUGGAGGGUGGCUGUGGCGUUUGCGUUUGCGUCGUUCGCGGCAAACAUCCGGCGACCGGCGAAACACGCACUUGGGCCGUCAAUUCGUGUUUGACGCUGCUAAACACCUGCGCGGACUGGCAGAUCACCACCUCCGAAGGCAUUGGCAGCAGGCGCUUUGGCUACCAUCCCAUACAAAAGCGUCUGGCUAAGCUGAAUGGCUCUCAGUGUGGCUUUUGCUCGUGCGGCAUGGUAAUGAAUAUGUACGGCUUGCUGGAGUCCAAAGGCGGCCGCGUUACCAUGGCAGAAGUGGAGAAUUCGUUUGGCGGUAAUAUUUGUCGUUGCACCGGCUAUCGACCCAUCUUGGAUGCCAUGAAAUCGUUCGCCAUUGACAGCAAUAUUGAAUUACCUGACAACGAUUGCGGCGACAUUGAAGAUUUCGAAUUC